AUGGAGGAUAAACGGAUAGGGGGACUGCAGGACAUGAGAAGCGGCAAGCUGUGUAUCGAGGUCACGCCUGAGUCCCGCAUCGCGUUCCUGUCUGAGAGCCUGUGUAUUGGUUGCGGUAUCUGCACCAAGAAAUGUCCCUUUGGUGCCAUCAACAUCAUCAACCUGCCCACCAACCUCGAUUCCCAGGUCACGCAUAGAUACUCGGCCAACAGCUUCAAGCUGCACCGCCUGCCCACGCCGCGACCGGGCCAGGUCCUUGGUCUUGUGGGAACAAACGGUAUCGGCAAGAGUACGGCGCUCAAGAUCCUCAGUGGCAAGCUCAAGCCCAACCUGGGCAAGUACGACAACCCGCCCGACUGGGAGGAUGUCAUCAAGUACUUCCGUGGCUCUGAGCUGCAAAACUACUUCACGAAGCUGCUGGAGGACGACCUCAAGGCCGUUGUCAAGCCGCAGUACGUCGAUCAGAUCCCCAAGGCCAUCCGCGGCCCCAACAAGUCGGUCCAGUUCCUGAUCGAGAGCCGCACAUCGCUCGACAACCUGGACGAGGUGCUGGACACGCUCGAGCUGCGCCACAUUUACGACCGCGACGUCUCGCUCCUCUCUGGUGGUGAGCUGCAGCGUUUCGCCAUCGGCACUGUUUGCGUGCAGAAUGCGGACGUCUAUAUGUUCGAUGAGCCGUCGUCGUACCUCGAUGUCAAGCAGCGCCUGUCGGCUGCCCGCAUCAUCCGCUCGCUUCUACGGAGCGAUGACUACGUCAUUGUCGUCGAGCACGAUUUGUCCGUGCUCGACUACCUCUCCGACUACAUCUGCGUGCUGUACGGUCAGCCGGCUGUUUAUGGUGUCGUGACGCUGCCGCACUCCGUGCGUGAGGGUAUCAACAUCUUCCUCGACGGCCACAUCCCGACAGAGAACCUGCGGUUCCGUAACGAGUCGUUGACGUUCAAGCUGUCGGAGGGUGCCGACGAAUUCAUUGCCGACCGUUCUCGCGCGUUCCACUACCCCAAGAUGGAGAAAACCAUGGGCAACUUCAAGCUACAGAUUGACUCGGGCGACUUCACCGACUCGGAGAUCCUCGUGCUCAUGGGCGAGAACGGUACGGGCAAGACCACCUUCUGUCGCCUGCUCGCCGGCGCCCUGAAGCCGGACGGCACCAGUCGCGUACCAGAGAUGAAGAUCAGCAUGAAGCCGCAGACCAUCACACCCAAGUUCGACGGUACCGUGCGCCAGCUGUUCUUCAAGAAGAUCCGCCCCGCCUUCCUAUCGCCCCAGUUCCAGACAGACGUUGUCAAGCCGCUCAAACUUGACGACUUUAUCGAUCAGGAGGUGAAGAACCUGUCUGGUGGUGAACUGCAACGUGUCGCCAUUGUUCUGGCCUUGGGUCUGCCCGCCGACAUCUACCUGAUUGACGAGCCGUCCGCCUACCUUGAUUCCGAGCAGCGUAUCAUUGCUGCGCGUGUCAUCAAGCGCUUCAUCAUGCAUGCCAAGAAGACGGCGUUCAUUGUCGAGCACGAUUUCAUCAUGGCUACGUACCUGGCAGACCGUGUCAUUGUCUUUGACGGCCAACCGGGUAUCAAUGCUCAUGCCAACUCGCCCGAGUCGCUGCUGACGGGCUGCAACACGUUCUUGAAGAACCUGGACGUCACGUUCCGUCGCGACCCGACCAACUACCGGCCGCGUAUCAACAAGAGCAACUCGCAGCUCGACCAGGAGCAGAAGGCUGCCGGCAACUACCAAAGCGUUAUGAAGGGCGCCCUAAAGGGCUCUUUCAACGAACGUGUGCACGUGCAGACGGUCUUGUCCAGAUGGACCGUACGGCCGUCUUCCCAAGCGUCCGAGCCGACGCAUGACCCGCGCCGCGGAGUUUCUCACGAGACGGACAGCGGCGCCGAGGAUGAUUGCAACCGCGACAACGACAACAUGACGACCGGCAGCUCGAUGGCUUUUGCUACCACGGCCAACGGUACACGCCACGGUGGCAAUGAUGACAAUGACCAGGGCGGCGACGAUGAUGAGCCAGAGGGCUAA